UCAAGAUACUUCUUGUCGAUAACUUACAUAUUUGUGAAGCAAUUCAAUAUCUUCCCAACGGGAUAAAGAUUCUUUAUUGGCGUAAAUAUCCUUUUCGCUUGCCAUCCAAAUAUUGUCCUCGACAACUUGUUGGGCUCGAUAUGCCAUAUAGUCGCAUUGGGUUGGAAAAGUUAUGCAAGCAGGAGUUCCAGUUAGAAAAUAUGAAACAUCUCAAUCUCAGUGGUUGUAAAUUUAUAACCAAAUUACCUGAAUUAUGCACCCCAAACUUGGAGAUAUUGGACCUUUCCUAUUGUGAAAAUUUAGUUAAGAUUCACGAGAACGGUGAAUUUCUUCAUAAGCUUAAAACGUGGAAUCUUGAUUAUUGCAAAAAACUUCAAAAUAUUCCAAACAACCUCAUGUUGACAUCUCUUGAAGAUCUUGAGAGAUUAACCCUUUAUGAUUGCCAAAGCCUUCGGGAUCUUCCAGAUUGCAUUUAUAAAUUGCAACAGCUUCGGGAGUUGUUGUUUACUCCUACUGCCAAAUUGAGACCGACAUGCAAUUUUUUUGAUAGCUCCUCCGGUUAUGGGUUUCUGAACAUGACACGCCUGCAACUCCGGUGGUCUAAAACCAUAAUUGAAUUAGAUCUUUUGAUGAAGCCUGAUUACUUCCCCACAUUGGAAGUGAUAGAUCUAGGUUGUACCAAUAUUAUUACCAUCCCCGAAAGCAUUAGCAGAUUUCCUAGAUUAAAAGAACUUUUAAUUGACAAUUUCAAGCACCUUCGUGAAAUUCAAGGACUUCCACUAUCGAUAAGUUGGGUUUAUGCAAGAAAUUGCCCGUUGUUGGAUAACGAAUCACCAAGUGGGGUAUUGAAUCAGGUAAUAGAAAUUGUGGGGAUUUUACGGAAUGGAGUAUGUGGUAGUGCAAGAAGCAAUGAAUUAAUGGAUCCACAGUUCACCGAUUACUUCCCAUCUGAAACUGAGGGUGCUCAAUCUGAAUCCGAAUCUGAAGAUGGGGACAUAUCACAGUUCUCCAAUUAUAUUCCUGAAUAUCGUAUGCUUUGGGUAUCGGGAACUGAGAUUCCAUGGUUCAAUCAUCAAAGUGUUGAAAAUAAUUCCAUAUCGUUCUGGGUUGGUCGCAAAUUUCCAAAAUUGGCUCUCUAUAUUGCUUUUGGACUCGAUGAGUAUUCAUAUAAUUGCUUUGUUUACACUUACAUUUCCAUCAAUGGUUGUAUAAAAGAUGAAUGGUUGCCUGUGCCUGUAAUUCAAAAUGCUUAUAAUCUUCUGCUAUUAUAUUCUCCACGUCAAAGGUUUCUGCAGCAGAAAUUGAAUGAAUCAAAUCCAACCGACCAGAAUCGUGUUAAGGUUACAUAUUCUAUUAGCCAGCGUGGAUGUAUUAAGACACUAAAAGCCACAAGGUGGGGGGUCCACGUAGAGUGCAUCUGUCCUCAAGAAUCUGGUAUACCUAACUUGCCCCUUCUAACUGCUGGACAUGAUGAUAGUGAUGAUGAUGUGGAUUACUGGAGCGAGUUGCCAUUUUAUGGAUCUGAUGAUUUGGAAGCAGAAGAAGAAGAAUAUCAGUCUCCUCAUGACACAUCUAGGUCCUGCAUGAGUUGGCUAGUUGGCCCAACCACCAUGCUUUUUAGGCUAUUUUUUUGCUUUUGCUGCCCCAAAGAUUUUUGAUGAAACCAAGGACAUUUUGAUGAGCUCUGAAUGAAUAUGCCUCAAUCAAAAAAUUACAUUGAAACUGUUUCUCCUCUGUCAUCUUUUGCAUUUGAUGCCAAGUUGACUGGGAUGGUUAAAGUCACUGGAUUGAGGAAAGAGUUAUAUUGGAACAACUUGUGGAUCAAGCUAUGGCAGGCAGAACUUUCUUGACAAAAAUAGUCAAUUUUUCUUUAGCUUAUCUUGAUAAAGAUCUCAGUGUGGUCUCUGAAAAAUUAAUUACUGCUGUUAAGGCCAUUGAAGUGGCAGGUCUGUAUGAUCAUCAAGCUAAUCGCAACCUUGAGCUGGCAUUAGCAAGAUACUCAUGGAGAUUCAAAGUCAAUAGAUUAUUAGGGGGUUUACAAAAGCCCAAGAUCCAACAGAUUCAGCAGCAUUUGAAAGAGGUUGCAACUGAUUCUGGAGAUCUCAGCUAAGAUAAAGUUUUUGAACUUAUCAUGGAAGUUACUACGAGAACGAAAUAUGCUUCAUUGUAUUUGUCGAAAGCCAUAUGAUCAGAGAGCAAUGAUUGCUUGUGAUCAAUGUGAUGAUUGGUACCAUUUUGAUUGCAUUAACUUAUUUUCCCCACCAAAGGUCUACAUCUGUCCUGCUUGUAAGCCUCAACAACAAGACUUGUCUGCAACACCUUCAGUCAAUCUUGAUAGAUCAAUUAGUGUCAAGUUUGUAGAGCCUAAAACACCUCCUAAACAUACAAAGAAAUUGAGAGAAGCUGAGCCUAGUCCAACGCAAAAGAUGCUUUCAAUUACAGAUCAUAGUCAUAGUUUUAGCAGUGGGAUUGAACGCUUAUGGUGGCGAAAUAGGAAGCCCUUCAGAAGAGCAGCAAAAAAACGUGCCGAGCUUGAUAUUCUUUCUCCUUUUUAUCAUGUACAACAAUAAAACUGGAAGUAGAUGGUUAUCAAUCAUUUAAUUUAUUCAAUUGAUUUUUAUGG